AUGUCCCACUGCCACGACGAACACCACGACCACAGCCACGGCGGCCACGAUGAGCACGACCACUCAGACGACAUCACGCCCGCGCUCCAGCACUCUCUCUACAGCCACAUCAACUUCGACGACGUCACGGCCCUCAACGAGUCGCAGAUCGGCAGCGCGCGCAGCGUCGCGAAGAAGACGUGGGCCGAGAGGCUGGACGCAGAGCCCGAGGUCGUGAGUGAUGCGGAUGAGCAGUUGUUGGUCAACAUCCCCUUCACCGGCCAAGUAAAGCUCCACGCCCUCCUCCUGCGCACCUCAGACUCCCCCUCCGCCCCGCGCACCCUCAAGGUCUUCAUCAACCGCGACGACCUCGACUUCGCCUCCGCCGAGGACGCCGCGCCCACCCAGGAGUUCGAGCUCUCGCGCACCUCCCAGGUCCAGGAGAUCCCCGUCAAGCGCGCCCUCUUCGGCCGCGUCCAGCGCCUCACCCUCUUCUUCGUCGACAACUCCUCCGACGGCGACGAGGACGAGACCCGCGUCAGCUACCUCGGCUUCAAGGGCGAGUGGAUGCAGCUCGGCCGCGCGCCGACUAACAUCAUAUAUGAGGCGGCGGCGAACCCCGGCGAUCACAAGCUCAAGGGCACGGGGAUCAAUCAGGUUGGCGGGGGUAUCGGAGGACGGCAGUGA